GUAGAAGACCAGCCGGCCGACGUCAUGCAAGAGACACCGGCGGAGGACGUCUUUAUGCCUCCCUCGAUUGAUAACAAGAAGACCAUCUCCGGCGAGAGCUACACACACCACUCUGCCAUACCCGAGCUGUUACAAAACGACAUGAGCAUAGAAUGCGUGCUCGGCGUCGACGAAGCUGGUAGAGGUCCAGUCCUAGGCCCAAUGGUAUACGCACUCUACUAUCUACCAACCACAAUCCACCGCUCCCUUCUCGCAGAAACACAUCACUUCGACGACUCCAAAGUCCUCACUCCCGCCGUCCGCUCCGACCUCAUGGAGCGCAUCUGCACCCCUGGCACCGACCUCUUCACCCAAUGCGGCUGGGCCACCCGCUCGCUCUCCGCCCGCGACAUCUCCUCAGCCAUGCUGCGGCCGCACGGGACAUACAACCUCAACGCGCAAGCCAUGGACGCGACCAUCGCACUGAUCCAGGAGGUCCUGGAUUCAGGCGUGAACAUUCGCGAGAUUUACAUCGACACCAUCGGCUCGCCGGCCGUUUACCAGAAGAAACUCGAACGCAUUUUCCCCGCGCAGAGCAUCACCGUGGCCAAAAAGGCCGAUAGUUUGUACCCUUGUGUGUCCGCCGCGUCGGUCUGCGCCAAAGUGACGCGUGACGCGGCGCUCGAUGUCCUAUACACGUCUUACGCGGCACCCGGCGCCGAGGGCGAGGUGGCGUGGGGAUCAGGAUAUCCUUCCGAUCCGCGAUGUUCGAGUUGGUUGAAGGCGAACAUGGACCCGGUGUUUGGUUGGGGAAGCGAGUGUCGGUUCAGUUGGGGUACGGCGAAGGAGCUGCUCGAGGCGAAGAGCGCGCCUUGUCGAGUGGAUUGGCCGGAGCCCGAGGGAAGCUCGGAUAAUAUGCGAUUGACUGGCUUUUUCCACGGCGAGGAUGAGCCGGAAGAUGAGCUGGGAAAUUGGUUCGGGAGGAGCGUCACUGAGGAGGUCUUCUAAUUUAGCGUGCUCGUCUCGUCGAAGGUUGUGAUCUACGGC